UAAACUUCUUAGAUACUUUUGUACUAGGCCUAGCUUAGUAAGCGCCUGAAAAAGAUUAGCGCAGCUCCGUACCCGAUCCGACAUGCACUUGCCGAUGUAUCUCCAUAGUAGUGUAUUUCAUACAAGAAACUUUCAAUUUCAAAAGGUUUUUUGCGUUGAGUAAUAAUGGCUACUCUGAAAUUUGUCAAUUCGGUAUGGCAGUCCUUCAGGGCUACGUCGGGUUUAGAACCGAGACUUCUCGACAAUCUGAGAGUGACUGCUGCUCGACCUGGUACCGUCAACUUUGAGCUUGACAUCCGGAAAGAACAUACGAACCGCUUGGAAAUCCUGCAUGGAGGUACCAUUGCCAGUAUGGUCGACCUCGGGGGCUCGCUCGCAGUCGCAUCCAGGGGCUUAUUUGCAACUGGGGUCUCUACAGACUUGAAUGUCACCUACUUAAGCUCAGGCGGGAAAGUCGGAGAUAGAAUCAAAGCUGAGGUCUCGUGUGAUAAAUUUGGAAAAACACUUGCAUACACCUCCAUCAAAUUCUUGAAUAGCAAGGACGAAGUCUUUGCUCGUGGUAGCCAUACAAAGUAUAUUGCACUGGCUUUCAAAGAUCCGCAAAAUAUCGUGGAGGAAUUGAAAAAAUCGAAUGGCACUUCAUAGGUAAUUUCGACUCCUUACUAUAUUUUAGUUCCGUAACUAUCAAUACAACCGGUCUAUCUCUCACACGAUAGCGGAAUAUAGCGUUUUAAGAUAGAUAAAUACAUAGAUGGAUAACCAUUGCAUUUCUCAAGUC